AUGGCAUCCUCUCCGUCGCUGCCACGGAAGAGCCGGGAAUCAAGCUUCGUGAACAGCCGAAAAGGAGACACCGGCAGUAGGCCUGUCAGCCGGGAUUCAGGAAGCACCAGAAGUGGGGUAAAUGCCAGUCGAAGGAACAGCCUGAUAAAGAGAAUAGCUCUAGCAACCACUCCUACACCGUCCAAUCAGCGCCGGCGAUCAAUUGUGAUGUCAUCACCCACCGGAAAUGACGACGAUCUGUAUCCACGUGCCGGAGGUGGCGAAGAGCAGGCAAGGCAAGUGGCCUCCCGGUACUCCUCGAAGGUAUCAGACUUCGUGGACUUCUACAACGAGGCGCUCCGGCGCCGCUUAAUUCGGGAGCUGGAGAAACCGACGCCGGCAGUAGUUCCUGAAAGUGAGAUGGACGGACUUGCGGACAUAGCAGAGCUAUCAGAAAGGUGGGACCGUGCAACCACAAAGGUCACAGCUGCUACCAAGUUAGCCAGUGGUGGCCGAGAGAACACUGCACGCAAGCUUAAAAAAGUGUCGCUGCGACAUAUUAGCCGACAAAACAAGAUCAAGUCGUUACAAGAGGUACAGAAGAUGCUGCGCAGAGUUGAAGUGCGCAAGCGCUUCCGGAAGAAGGCUCGCAUUAUCAUUUUCUGCAUCCGGUGUGUUAAGGAACAUUGCUUCCGGUUCCGAGAGAAUAGUGAGUUGACGCCGUACCUACAGACGCUCAACUACAUCGACUACAGUGCCGACCAGGUGUCAGACCUUCUGUUUGACAGAUCUCUAUUUAGAGCCAAAAGACAGAUGCGUAUCUCGGAGGAGACGAAGAAAAUUCUGAGUACAGAGAAGUCGGAGCGCACAGACACAGAGAUAUACACGGCACAAAUCGCUCUCAGGAACAUCCGGAGUUUCGCGGAGCUUCCGGUUCGCAUGCAGAAAAUGAUUGCACAGGCCGGCCAAUAUGAGUCCUACGAAGGGAAGCGCGUGAUCUCCAGGGAGGGACAUCCGGCAGCCGCCUUCUACUUUAUCCUCUCAGGCGCCGUUGUAGCGAUGAAGAAGGACCCAGACCGAUCCAUGGCCAGCGUCGUGGAGCACUACAGCAAGGGGGACACGUUCGAGGAGGAGCCAUUACUGAACGAGACGUUACGUAACGUGACCGUGCUGACCAAGGAACCCUGCGAGUUUCUCAGCAUCUCCGCAGUCGAUUAUAAGAACAUAUUCAUGCAGGGCGGAGUCAAGACGCUGAACGAUCCGGACCAGGAGAGUUUUUUCAAGAGCUUAAGUUUCCUUCACGAUUGGCCGAUAUCGAUUCUCUCCGAUCAUCCUAAAGAAUGCCGCUUUCAUUACUUCCGACGAGGCGCAAUCCUGGCAGACGAUACCAAGAAGGAUCCGUGGUUGAUUGUCGUCAAAUCGGGUAGUUUGUCCGUUAUGAAAAAGUUGAAAAAAGUUUGUCCUUUUGAGUGGAGAAAAAAGAGCGACAUCAAGCCCCUAACCGAGAAGGAGCGCCGAGAACGGAAGCACGCAAAGGAGCAGUGGCGGCGCUACGUACUUCCGGAACUCCGUCUGCCGCUGCGACCCAGAGGUGACGUCGAAGAGAUAGAGGAAAGAGUCGACGGCAAGCCGAAACCCUUCAUGCACCCAGUUAUCAAAGUUCACUUCGAAGAGAGCCAGGACCGGGACCGGAAGCAGAAAUAUUACUACCCGAACCUGUGGACCUUCACACGCGCUGAUAAAGAGGAAGAGGAGGGGAGGAAUGCCACGUUUUCAAACAUUAACAAGAAGUUUCUCUACACCAUCUCGAAAUCCGGCGACGGAAAAUCCGCGACGCCUGCCGCGGGACAGGGUCGUCUGAAAACAAAAUCCGCCGUCGAAAGGGAGGCGCCUGCAACGCCACAAGAGCAUGACACUCACAUCCGGCCCACAUCGGAAAAAGCGCAAGCUCCGUCGAGGUCAGAGUCUCCGGUUUCCCUGCGCUCUCUGCUGUCACCUUCCGGUAGCGAGGACACGCAGAAGACAACUAGCAGCGUCUUUUCGGAGCGCCUUAAACAGAUAAUGGCAGAGAAUUAUUUCGAAUCGCUUUCCGACUUGGAUUUAAACCCACAGUUCGUGCAGAUCAAGACCCUCAUCAAAGGGGACGUGUGGGGUCUGGCGGAUCUGAUGUUGGACAAGCAGCCCAGCUUCAUCAUCGUCAGUAACGGCGCGGACUGUGUGCAGAUUAAGAAGUCGUUCUAUCUGCAGAACUGCUCGGAAAAGCUUCAGAGAGACCUCAAACAAAGCCUGUGCCCCUACCCCUCGGACGACAACCUCCAAGAGAGCCUGCAAAUUAGCGUCGACUGGAACGCACACCGGAAGUCGGAACUCGAGCACACCAUGGGACAGGUGCACACGGACAGGUUCUUGAAACAGUACACCGUGGCGCGAUAGAUCACAUUGUUACCGGGAGUUUGGCGCUGUCUAAGUUGUAGCUGUUAUUGUUUUUGUUAGUGUUAUUUUUAUUAAUUCGAAGGGUGAUAUAUAGUAAUUGCAUCGUAUUUGCUUCCGUCAGUAAGUCUUACAUGCUUCUUGUGCAGAGCAUAUCUCGGUUGGUAUUGAAGUUAUUCAAGUGAAACUUCAUUCAAUGAUAGAGCGCUUCGAGGGGAAAGCAAUCGUGUUCUAGUGUGGAGCAGAGUAUUGAAAGUAUUUACAUACAGAGAAAAUGCAGAGUAUAGGAACCACAACUCUAUUAUUAGUUUUUUGGAGUUAUAGCCCUUUGCUUUUUUGCCAGGUCUGUGUAUUGUGUGGAGCAUAACUCUAUGCAAAUGUUGAAGAUUUUAAUAUGAAGCUGCAAACAAUCAUAGAUGGCUUUAAGAGCCAAUGCCAAGUAUAAUUGCCAUCCAUUUCCUCUUUAGUAAUUGAAGAGUUAUUGCCGUUCGUUUAUUUGGCAUUUACCAAGGAUUGAUUCAUAAUUGAAUGUUUAACAAUUAAACAUCAUGUAUUGAUAGAGGACGUUGAUGGGAAGUGUUUGGUACACUUACAAAAAUCCGCCCUGUAGUAUUUUGAUUGAAUUAUUUUCCGAUGCAUAUCUUUGUGCAGAUCAUAACGCCACAAUGUAAUUUUCGUUUGCACAGCAAAACUCAUAAAGCAUCGAGUUGAUUCAAAUUAAACUUUGUAUAAUGAUAAAGCGCUUUUAGGUACAGAGUAAACAUAAUUAUAAUUAUUUCUUUAAUAUUUACAGAGUAAUUGCAACUUUAUAUAAUUUCUUUAGACUUUUCGUGAAAUGCUGAUUACAAUAACUAUAACUCUGUGUCAUAUAUUUAUUGCCCUUUAUUUAUAUAUCUCUUGCAAUGCAUAUAUGUUAAUUCAAAAUUGAUUGUUAAAGCAUUUCGUACAUACAAAGAGAACAUAAAUAUUUCAAUAAAAAAACUUGGUAUUUUCCCGCUUACUUUAAUGAUCAAGCCGGAUAUAAUGUGAGCCUCGUUCUGUGUAACACCGGGCUUAAUGCAUUCGCGUUAAGUGUCAUCCCAGAUUAGCCUGUGCAGUCCGCACAGUCCGCACAAAACGUCGCGGCAUUCGGAACUUACAGUUACGGCCCUUGUUUUUAUCAUUUCGUGCGGUUACCUCAUUUAUCAAAAUCGGCCGGUUUCAGUAAACUAUAUUUGCUAAAAUAGUUAAUUAACCCAAAAUGGACUGUGUCCGUUUUGUUUACGUUGAAAGGGACCUAUCAUAAGAAUGGUACUUGAAAUUUAAAAACAAUGAAUGACAUAUUAAACAAAUAAAAACAAUAAAAUUACACACGUGGAAUUGUGGCUUACUAUUUCAGACGGAUCGUGCGAAAAAGGGUCAUGUUCAAUAUGCGGCCAUCGUAGCACCAGCCCAGCCUGCGCACUGGCGCAGUCUGGUCAGGAGCUUUGCUGUCAGCUAUGAAGUAACGCUAUGUUUAGUGGUCUUUUAUGCAGACAGGGUAUUUCCUGACCAGACGCUGCGGAUGAGUCGGCUGGCAUUGAGCUACACUGGCCGUAUAUGGCUUAUGACAAAUUUGCGUAACAAUGGUCAUAUUGAUAAACAUUUACAAAGUAUUAAAAUAACAAAACGGCUUAUAU